AUGGCUAUUGACCACCCUUCAGUUAAGAAAAAUCCCCCAAGAAUAACAUUGGCACCACCAGCUCUUGUGCUUGCCUGGAAGCAUUAUUUCCACCAACACUACCCCCAGAUCCACAUCGUCCUCUUCACCUCUUUCCCUCGGGAUCCCCGCUCCCUACAGGACUCUGGUAGUGUCUUGAAGAAGAGUCAGAAGCGAGGGAGAGGGUGGACUCGGGCCGUAGGACCAGAGCAGUUGCUGAGAGCCUGUGAAGCCAUCACUGCAGGGAAAGCCGACUUGAACAGCUGGCGGCAGAAGAUUGUUCGGGAUGUGGCUGGUGCCACCUGGGGUAAUGGCUCCGGGGAGGAAGAGGAAGAGGAUGAUGGGCCUGCUGUCCUGGUGGAGCAACAAACUGAUUCAGCAGUGGAGCCAACUGGCCCAACCCGGGAGUGCUACAAGAAUGGGGUGGUGACCAUCGGCUGUGUGGGUUUCCCCAACGUGGGAAAGUCCUUGCUGAUCAACGGGCUGGUGGGGGGGAAGGUUGUGAGUGUCUCCAGAAAACCGGGUGACACCCGAUACUUUCAGACCUACUUCCUCACUCCCUCUGUGAAGCUCUGUGACUGCCCAGGCCUCAUCUUCCCCUCUCUGCUGCCCAGGCAAUUGCAGGUUCUGGCAGAGAUCUACCCCAUUGCCCAAAUCCAGGAGCCAUACACGGCUGUGGGAUAUCUGGCAUCCCAAAUCCCUGUGCAAUCCCUACUCCGUCUGUGCCACCCAGAGGCUGAGGACCCCUCAGCAGAACAUGCGUGGUGUGCCUGGGACGUCUGUGAAGCCUGGGCACAGAAACGAAGUUAUAAGACAGCCAAGGCAGCUCGGAAUGAUGUGUACAGAGCAGCCAACAGUCUCCUGCGACUAGCGGUGGAUGGCUGUCUCAGCCUGUGCUUUCAUCCCCCAGGCUACAGUGAGCAGAAAGAUAACUGGGAAUCCCAUCCAGAGACCAUGGAGCUGGUGGUUUUGCAGGGCAGGGUGGGUCCAGCAGGUGAUGAGGAAGAGGAGGAGGAGGAAGAGGAAGAGCUGAGCAGCUCUUGUGAGGAAGAAGCAGAGGCAGACAGGGAUGCAGAUGAGGAAGGGGAAAGGGAUGAGGACACCCCUACCUCAGCCCCAGGGUCCAGACUGGCUGCCCGAAACCCUUAUACUCUUCUGGGUGAGGAUGAAUGCUGAGUCCCCACCCCUGUGCCAUCUUCCCCACCCAGUAUCUUUGCUUUUGGACUGACCUGGGAGUAUCUCUCCUCUGCUGCCCCAAUUGUGAAUAAAGAUGGUCUGCUUUGUAAAAAA